AUAACACAUUCGCGCGCGCGCCAGCGCCAUGGUCACCGCCGCAGGCUCCCCCUCCUCCUCCUCAGCCCGCAAGCCAGCCUCCCGCCCGCGGCUGCCAUGCCGCGACAUCCUCGUCCACAUCGAGGCCUACCUCUCCCGCCGCGACGGCGUCGACAACCUCCUCAAGGUCUCCCUCUACGCCGCCCGCCUCGCCCUCGCCCUCGCCGCCGGGCAGCCGCCGCUGCCCCACGCCGCCACCGCCCGCCUCAGGUCCUUCGAGUCCAGCGUCGGCCUCAGCCGCAAGGCCUUCCGCCUCGGCAAGUUCGUCCAGUCCAUCAACGCCCUCCGCGCCGCCGCCUACCACCCCCACCCCCACGUGCACCCGCUCCUCGUCCUCCUCGCGUACGGCGGCCAGGGCGUCUACAACUUCCUCGAGCAGUUCGCGUGGCUGGCCAAGGCCGGCCUCCUGCCCGCGCGCCUCCUCCCCCGCCGCCUCCAUCGCAUCGGCGUCUGGGCGCAGCUGCUGGCGCACGUCGGCUCCAUCGCGAUCAAGCUGGAGGAGGUGGCAGAGCUGGAGUGUGGCGUCGAGGCGCGGCUCGAGGAAGGUUGCGGAGAGGAGAGCGAGGUGGUGAGAACGCUGAGCCGGAAGCUGCUGCUCAAGCUGAUGUCCCUUGUGCAGGACAUGGUGGAUUCCGCGAUGACGGUAGGGGACGUGACCGGCCGGAAGGGUUUGCUCGGCAGCUCGACGCUAAUGGCGUCCGCCGGCUUGCUGUCCGCGCUGAUCAGCGUUCACAAGAACUGGAAUUCGUGCUGAACUGAAAGCCCACCAAAGGUACAUGUUAUAAAACAUGAUGUAAUUGAACAAUAAUUAAAUCUUAAAGUGGUGAGAGUUUGAAUUAGUAAAUCAAAUUACUCCUGGACUCUGGAUGUCGGGGUAUAAAUUAAUCAAAAGGUGGUGCUGGUGCAUUUGAGCGGAUACAAAAACUGGGCUUUCUCCGCCAUGGUGAUCAUUCAAUUUUUUGCUCAUGCUUCUCCUUAUUAACAAGUGUAUAUCAACAAAGCCGAUUAAUAUGUUUCCUCAUAAUUUUUUAUUUCUUUCUGGAACUAUAGCCUGUAUAAACUUUUUUAAGAUAUAUAAACUGUUUACACUGUAAGGCUGCUGUAAUACUAACUUCAAAAGCAUCUUUCGUUAGAUAAGCAACCAAAAGUAAAUAAUCGUGGAGCUGCUUACCAAGUAUAUAGGAGUAUGUCUCAAAAAUUAAAGCAGAGGGAAAAUGAAAAUGCAACGGAAAGUGUUCUUA